CUCACCUUUUACUUUUGUAUUUCAUCUUACGAUCUAGUACAGUAUGCACACCAUCCAACCCCAGGCAACUGUAUUACGCGUCCCGGGCGGUGGGGGGUGCAUCAGCCCGCCCAAUCCGGAAGGACCCCGGUACAAGCGGUUCAUCCGGGCUGGUAUCGUACUAUCAUACUAUAGAGAUCAUGUCGUCCAAAUGUGUUAAGCGACGUCGGGCUCCUGGGGCUCUCUUGCGAGGACAGCGUUCCAAGCCCGUUCGGCGCGAGAAGCCCAGCCACUAGCCUGUGCCAUCCCUGCCCGGGCUCCUCCAAUGGCGGGAUCGCUGUCUCUGUCACUUGCCCUGUUCCUUAG